AACUGUGUGCGGACCGCUUGCAGCGCAGAGGGCGGGAGGGAGGAAAGGGAGGAGGGCUUAGGGAGCUGAGGCCCCACCUUUCAUUCCAGCAAAGUGCACCAGCGGAGCAGGGAUGAGUCACAGGCACUGGAGCUCAGGUUCCCAUAGGUGAGGGACUGGCUCUUCUCUCUGGGAAAACGAGGUGCCAGUUCUUACUGGAGCGGCCUUGGCAGGGUGUUGGAGCCCUCGGUCUGCCCGGUCUGGUCUCUGGGGCCAGGGCUGGGUUCCCUCAUGUAUGGCAAGAGCACUUCGCGUGCUGGGCUGCUUCUCCUUGGUGUGCAGCUCACAGCCCUUUGGCCUAUAGCAGCUGUGGAAAUUUACACCUCCCAAGUGCUGGAGGCUGUCAACGGGACAGAUGUUCGGUUAAAAUGCACUUUCUCCAGCUUUGCCCCUGUGGGUGAUGCGCUAACCGUGACCUGGAACUUCCGUCCUCGAGAUGGGGGCCCCGAGCAGUUUGUAUUCUACUACCAUGUGGAUCCCUUCAAACCCAUGAGUGGGCGUUUCAAGGAUCGAGUGGUCUGGGACGGGAACCCUGAGCGGUACGACGUCUCCAUCAUCCUCUGGAAGCUGCAGUUUGACGACAAUGGGACAUACACCUGCCAAGUGAAGAACCCGCCUGACGUUGAUGGGCUGAUAGGGGAGAUUCGGCUGAGCGUCGUGCACACUGUACGCUUCUCUGAGAUCUACUUCCUGGCUCUGGCCAUUGGCUCUGCCUGUGCCCUGAUGGUCAUAAUAGUAAUCGUGGUGGUCCUCGUCCAGCAUUUCCGGAAAAAGCGAUGGGCCGAAAGAGCUCAUAAAGUGGUGGAGAUAAAAUCAAAAGAAGAGGAAAGGCUCAACCAAGAUAAAAAGGUCUCUGUUUAUUUAGAAGACGCAGACUGACAUUCUUAGAUGGAAGCUGAAGAUUCCCAAGAACAAGCACCCUAGGAUAAGCUGAAGUUAAUGGAAGCUUUUCUUUGGCUUUACCAGUUGUGACUUGUCUUCCAACCAGCCCUGCAGCACAUAACCACCCAGAGAAGCAACGUCUCUCUGGAGCCAGCAUAGGCCCAGGGCCCUCUUGAGCUGAUACCGGGAGACGCACACACAGCCCAUCACUACGGUUUUAUUUAAUUUCAGAGUGCAAAUACUUUUCAAAUGCUCAUGAGCUUUUUAUACUGAGAAACUACAUUUCUGCCCUUGAACACUCCUUGGGGAUUAUUAAUUGUAUGCACGCCCAUUGGUGUCAAAUGAGAUGAAAGCCAUCUUGUCAGUCAUGACAUUUCCUUUAAUGUAUUAGUUUCUUCAGAGCAGCACUCUUGCUACUAAGGUUAAUGUGUUUACUUUUUCCUUCUCAGUCUCAACUAAAAGAUGAGCCAAUUCUCUCCGCCAUUUUUGAUCAAUUAACAGGAAACCCUAAAUCCCGUUCUUCAACAGUUUGAUUUUUAUGGCUCUCCUUGAGUAUGGGACACAUCUUGUUUUAUUGAAUUUCUUUCAGUAUCCCAGAUGAUUGUCUGUUUUGGUUGAUCCCACAUUUAUAAUUAGCACAAAUCUAAAUCACAGAGUAACUAGAAGAGUUUAUGUAAAUGCUUAUGGAUUGACAAAUGCCACCUCAGGAUGAAUCACUUGUCACCUUUUUUCUCUGUGUUCCGAAAAAACAACCAACAGAGCAAGUCUUCCGUGAGCAGUGGAUACUGUUCAGCUUACUGUUCAGUUAUAACAACAGAGCAAAAUCUGUGCUCUUUUGCAGACUGGAAUCCUCAAGCAGUUACACAGAAGGUUCUGGAAUAGUAUAUUAUGACUAUAAAAAUUUAGGACUGGUGAAAAAAAUCAAGCCUAAGUGAUGAUAAUUUUGUACAGUGUUAUAUAAAGCUGGGAGAACUGGAUGAGAUUAUUUUUCUCCCCUUUCCUUUCCUUUUCUUUAUAUUAUUUUAUUUUUGCUUUAAUUUGCUUGUUUUGAGGGAGGGAGGAUUUGGUAUGGGGCAAAGAAAUACCAAAACUAACAAUAUGAAACCAACUUUAUUCUUUCUUCCCUUAUGCCAGUAGAGACAGCAAACUUUAUAAGUAGGCUAUGGAAAGAAAAGUGCUUUUUCAAAAGUGUUUAACCUCCCAGUGUCUUUCCAAACUUAAGUUAUAGCAGCAUUUAUUAAAAAAAUAGAAAACAUCUGAAAGUUUAGUUGCCCCCACCCCUGCCCCAUCUUUAUAGCCUAAUAACUUCAGUUUUCACUGACUGGGCCAAAGAUGUUCUUUCUUUUAACAAACUGGAAUUUUCAAAUAGGUUAUCUGUAUUUAAAUAUGCUGAACUUUGAAUAUUUUUUCUAGUAUUUUUAGAAAAAUUGGUACAAUAUUCAUAUGAACCUUGAUUCUGCAUUCAUUCUCUACCUAUCUCAUUUUGCCUUUUACACGAAAAAAGUAAAAUUUUAACACCCAAUUUGGAAACUAAAAGUUACAUUAAAAGUAUUUAUUAUUAUUAUUAUUUGAGAGAGAGUAUAAGCUAGUGGGGGAGGGGCA